GCAGGGCACACUCACACUGAUACAGCUGUUCAAGGCUGAGGAAGCUCUACUGGAGUGUAGCGGAGAGUGAAGCUGAGUGUGCUUACUAAAGGAGAAGCAGCCCAGGACAUAUCAGGACAGAGCUGAAGGAGUGGGGAUAACACAGACCAGACCUUUGCCCUCCUGCAAACUUUCACCUCUCAACUCUUGUCCAUCAGUCCCCUCCCCUCCAGCCAAGCCCUCAGACUAAAGCUACACAUUCUCCAGUGACCAGAGUAUCUGACUUGCAGACGUCAGCAUAACAGACUGAAAAGUUGUCAGCCGUGGCAACAGCUGCACUGAUGGAAGCCCCAACCCUGGCUGAGAUGGGAGACUUGUGUCACCCUCGGUCUUCCUCUCCGGAGGGGGAGACGGUGUGUGCAGCUCUAGCACGUUAUGAGAAUACUCUCCGGGAUGCCAUCAGGGAGAUCCAUGUGGAUGUCAGCGUAUUUAAGCAGGGCAUGGAGCGUCGUCUGGAGGAGGAGGUCAACCUUAGCAGGCCUCUCGGGCGAGCUGUGGCUCAGCUCCAGCAGGAGAACCGGCAGCUCAGGAGUCAGCUGGAGGCUCUUACCCGACAGGUGGAGCUCCUCACAGGGAUGUCGUGUGACCGCAGCACCUUGUUGAACAACAGCCACAACCACAGUCAAAACAACAAAAAUCACCUUAAUGACAUUCAGGAGAACCACCAUGAGAUAAAUGAGGUGAUCUACGGGAAGGGUCAGGCUCACACUCAGAGCCAGGCUCUUCUCCACCUCCAGCCCUGCACCCUGGGGAGCCAGCCCCAGACCUACAGUGGCCUCAGCAGUCAGUCCAGUCCUGCAUCCCCCCCUGCCACUUUUUCAUCCUCCCCCAGCUCCAGCAGUCCUCCUGUUGGCUCAAGAGUUUCCUCCAUGGUGACGGGCCCUGUGUCCAGCAGCAGCCCAUCCACCACCCGCUUCUCCAGCCGAGCCACCUUUGCUGUGUCAAGCAAGACCAACAGUAUUGAACGAGAGGAACCAAUAGAAGUGGACCCAGCCCCAACAAAUGCUGGACUGGAGAAUGGACACGCUACUUCAACAGCAGAACAUUCAGUGUUGGUACAUGGAAAGAUUUCUCCACCCAAUGACUUCCCACAUGAACACACUGCACCUGUUGCCAUGCGGAUGCCCCAUCUCCCCAUCACCGCUACGACCAAGACAGCGGAAAUCAAGGGCUCUCCCGACUCUGCCAACAGCCCCACCGGUUCCCAACCCUCACCAGUCUCAGAGGACCCACCUUGCAGCCUAUCAACUCCUAGCACCAACCAGCCUGAACCAAUACCAGAGUCCCCGAUUCAACCAGUGUCAUCUGUGAAGACAUGGACCCCUACUCCUAUCAGAGCUUUGGGAUCUCCACGACUUCAAGAGAAGGCAAAUUCAGCCCCUAUUAAGUCUGUGACCUACUCAGGGCUACCGGAGCAUGACAGAGAUGGUGACGUAACCAAUGGCAGAUCCUUUGGGCCAGGAGGAGAGAGGAGGCGAGAGCUGGUGAGGUCACAGACUCUGCCACGAAACAUUGGUGCUCAGGCUCGUCGAUCUAUCUUCGAGAGACUGGACUCUGAAGCCAAUAACAGUCGUCCCAAACCAGUUGACUCUAAGCCCAAAUUGAAGCGCUCUCAGAGUUUUGGAGUUUCAAGUGCCAGCAGCAUAAAACAAAUCCUUCUUGAGUGGUGCCGCUCCAAGACAAUAGGCUACCAGAAUAUAGAGAUCCAAAACUUCUCAUCCAGUUGGAGUGAUGGGAUGGCUUUCUGUGCUCUGGUCCACUCCUUCUUCCCCACUGAGUUUGACUACAACUCUCUGUCGCCUGCCAACCGCAAACACAACUUUGAACUGGCCUUUGGAACUGCAGAAGUGAAGGCUGGGUGCGACCGGCUGAUCGAGGUGGAUGACAUGAUGAUCAUGGGUCGUAAACCAGAUCCCAUGUGUGUCUUCACCUACGUCCAGUCCCUCUACAAUCACCUGCGCAAGUUUGAGUGAAGCUAAAACGUCGAGGAUCUCAUCAUCUUGCACCAUUUGAUGCUCAAACUUUUUCAACCCUCUUCUUUGUCAGGUGUUGAACAAUGGGAGGUUUUGCUUAUUCUCUGUACUCUGUGCUGUACUUGAGCUGAGGGGAGAGCCAAAACUGGCAUGGGUGCACUUUGAAAAGACUAGACCGCCCCCAGGUGGUGGAUCAGUGAACAUUCAUCCACAUGCUGCAGAAAAAAGCCUCCCUCAUGGGCUGACACCUCAGUUCACAGAUAAACAGGGGACAUUGACUCCUGGAGAGAAUAUUGUGUAUGUAAGAGUGCAGAAAAGAAAUGUCAGGGUUGGUUUGUUGACAGUUUUUCUUCUGUGUGUGUGUUUGUCUUGAGAUAUAAAGUGUUCGAACUGUUGUUGUGUUGUAUAAAUCUUUAUUACUGUGACACUUGAAUAUGAGUGUCUAUAUUAACCUUCAACAUUGCACCAGUGGAGAGGAGGUAUAUUUCACAUGUCACUGAAGAGCUAAACUGUAGGUAACUUUUUGUGAUGGAGACUUAGUAAUCUGGAGGUCUCUGAUAAAAACUCCAUAGAAAAUGAAAUGAUGCAUUUGUACAGUGGAAAUUGUUGCUGAGUGAUUUUUACUGUACGUCCACAUUCGCUGUGAUAUCAUGUUAUUUAGAUGAUGCUGAGAUAUGGAAAAUAAAACCAAUAAAUUGUAC